GAGAGAGAAUCAAAAAACAGAGGAAACUCUGAAGCAGAGGAGGUCGGUUGAAAAUUGAAAUAGAACGAAGAGUUGUCUACGAUAAAAUUUGUGUUACUGCGUCCCAAUCUCAUUUGAUUAAAAUUUUGGGUUCUUGUAGUUGUUGGCUUUUUUUCUUUUCAUUUUUUUUCCUCAAAAUUUGACAUAUAAAAAGGAUUGGAAUGCAGUAAUUCUAAUUUUAUUUGCUGCUUUUAACAGAUUGCACUCCUCUUAACUUUCUCAGAUAAAGGUUGUAGUUAAUUAGCUACUCCUUCCUCUACCAAAGGCUAUAGCCUCACUUUGCUCCCAAAACAAGAGCAACAGGGUAAUUGCGUCCUAACCCUACAACUGGCAUACUCUAAGAGAAAAUCAAGGACGGUUAAUGCUUCACUGCUACCAGUCCAGGUGGCGGCCCUGUAUUCACCCUCAUCAACAAAUGCCUCUGCCAUGUCUGAAGAUAUCUCCCUUGUCCUUUUGUGAAUACCAAGAGAAAGCUACUGAGGAGCAGAGAGUUCAGAGCAUGCAAAGGGCUUUCAAUGUUAGCAGAGAGGACCCCCACAAGUUGAUCAGCAAAACGAAUGGAUUUCUUUGCCUGUGACUCAGUUAGAUUGGAGGAUGACCUACAACAGAAUACAGAUAUUUGAUUGAGGAUAUGAAGUUAAAAGGAGGCGGUGGAAGAACAUGACUCGAGUGAGAGAAAACCAUUAAAUUGAAUAAGCCACUACCGACAUUAAUUUUGGGGGGCCAGAAGCUACUACCGACAUUUCCUUUUUUGGGGGGACCAAAAGCUAUUACAGACAUUUGAUCAAGACUAAAGAGAAAGCCAUCAUUGAUGUGGGUUGGUAUUACUAUUAUCACCUCCUCAUACUGAUGUGUCUCCCAAGGAAAUCCAGGACUUGCUGGCGCGGGAGGUCUUCAGAGAUCAGCCUGGAAAAUUUUCAUUUUGGCUGUUCCCAAAGGGAGGGGAGAGCUAAUGGUAUGGCUGCUGGACCAUGGGCUGUUAGAGAUUUUGUGUAGAGUUGGCUAUUAACAGGAGCCACAGUUAUGCUCACACAAAUAAUUAUUAAGGUCAUAU